AGCUUUAAUUUCUUUGUUUUGUCUUUCUAGGAUAAAUAGGUUCCGUCAUGCGAAGGGAAGCCUUUGCAAUAAUGCUGCAUCUGCUCAGCUUCUUUCUUAUAAUCGGCUGGACAACGGCCACCUUUUCUAGUCCUGAGCUGGAAUUCCCAGCUGCUGUGUUUCCCAAUGAAGUCAAGGAAACCUCUGAUUUUGACAGCCUGUCUCCUUCCAUCCUCCGUGACUUUCCUUGUGCAACACUGGCCCAGUUGGAUGACAUAAGAGUCCAGCAAUUUGCCCGGGCUUUGAAGCGGAAGGACGUUCGGCUGAGAAGAGACCAGCUGAGCUGCCUUGCCGAGAGGUUGACGCUCGAUGGGAUCCUCAAGGAUUUCGACGAAUUCCCGAAGGACUUGAUUCUUUUUGUAAGUCCUUUAGAUUACGCUGGAAGCUGUGAAGAGCACAUCAGCCGCAUUGGGAAAGCCAACCUGGAAUUGCUGGAGAAAGGUUCUCCGGAAAGAACACGGCUGCUUUCUGAGGGUUUGUCUUGCCUGAAGAUCAGCGGUGUCCAAGUAACCAAGGAAGAGGCUGAAGUUUUGGGAGGCCUUGUUUGUGACCUCGGUGCGGAUUAUAUUGUGGCCUCUGGCAUAAAUUUGCUAAAAGAGUUGAAUCGAUGCCCCUCCUUUACUCUGGAUCAAAUCAAAGCCAUCCGAGACGUCCUUCGAAAAGGAGACGCCCCAUUAGGGCCUCCUUCCGAGUGGUCCUCUUCCACCUUAAAUGAGCUGACGGGCUUGAUCCGUACAUUUGAUCCCAACAUCCUGCAAAUGAUCCCAAAGGACGUUUUAAUCCCAUGGCUGAAACAGUAUGCAGAGCGUUUUCACAUGCCACGAAAACAGCUUCAGUCUUUGGUCCAGGUGUUUUGGUCCAAGCUCCAAUCAUCCAGGCAGAAACGUGACACAGGAGAAUGCCCACCAGACCAAACUAUAACCGAUGAGAUGCUGAAGGACGAGUUACUGCCGAUUUGGUAUUCGCCAGAGGAUUUAAAAGCAUGUCUGAAAGGCCAAAGGCUGGUGGAGAGUCUCCCAACAAUCUCGUCCUAUGCUUUCACUUAUGACCAACUGCUGGCAUUGAAACAGAAUCUGGACCAGGAGUUUCCAAAUGGAUAUCCCUCCAGCCUUCUCCCCAACAUGGGAUUCUUGAUGCCUGUCACAAAUGAAGAAGAUAUUAAAAAAUGGAACUACACUUCACCCGAAACACUCAAUUCUUUGUUGAGCGUCUUACCUGAAGAUGACAUGGCCAAGUUGCUCAUUGAGCGGUACGUCGAUUCCGGAGGUCCAAUGAACGGCACGGCUUUGGAUGCCAUAGGAACAAGAUAUGCGUGCCUCCUGACUCAGGAACAGCUCAAUCGGAUAGACGAAAACGCCCUCAAGACGGCUACUCAGUUUAACCCUUCCAAAUGUUCCCAACCCAUUUUGGAGAACCUCUAUCCGAAAGCCAAGCGAGCCUUUUCCGACCGACACAACGAAUUUCCCGCUUAUUAUAAAUUCAUUCAGCCGUACCUGGGAGGAGCACCCGCUGAAGACCUCAGGGCACUGAGCAAAAAUAAUGUCAACAUGGACAUCGAGACAUUCGAGAGACUGAAAAAAGAAUCUGUUUUGCCUUUAACUGUCAAAGAUGUCAGAGCCUUGCUAGGAACCAACCUGAAACAACUCCCAGAUCACAAAGACAACCCGACCAUCAGGGCCUGGAUCCACAAUCAGAAGCAGUCUGACCUGGACAGCCUUGCGAUCGCACUCUCAGGCGGCCUUCCCAAUGGGUACAUUAAUAUUCCCCGUCUCUCUCGGCGCAAGAAGCGGGAGAUUUAAAACCCAAGGCAGAAGAGACCAGAAGGCAAAGAAAACUCCAGAACAAAGGUCCAACACCCUGUAAGGAUGGCCCCAAUUAAUCUUCUCUUGUCCCCAUUUCUCUCCUCCUUUCUUUCAUUGCUGCAAAUCAGUUAAAAGUGCAAAAAAUAGUUUAACUUUGCAAGAGGGAGAGGAUCAGAGGGCAGAAUUUCUCCCUUCCCAGUUGGCUCAGGCAAAAGCAAAACACUGCAGGCCUCUCCUUGCUUCCUUCCUUCCUUUUCCUAUCUUAAUGACACUCUGAUGUCACUUGGCCACAUGGGCCCCACAGUGUGUCUACAUUAUAGAAUUAAUGCAGUUUGACUCCACUUUAACCUGCCCAGCUCAAUGCAAUGCAUCCCCAUUCAAUAAUCCACUAUUUAAAAAGAACGAGGGGCUGACUGUGCUCCGGAAGGGGAUGAUAGACCUCAUCAACCAGAAAUUGGGACGUUUCCCUGCUGCAUUGUUAUCCAGCAAUAAAAGCUUCUGAU